AUGGCACAAGCAGUUCUACCACAACAAUCGUACACGUAUGAAAAUAUACACGAUGCUACAUUGGAGCUACCAGACGGAACAUUCACCAUGAACAAUCUCGAUCCGAUGAUUCGAAACGCGUUUCUCAAGCUAAAAGCAUUCAACAAGGUACAGUCGACAGUGGCAAAAACCGUCAUACACACGGAUAGUUCGAUCGUUGUCAAUGCACCUACCGGGUCGGGGAAGACCGUAAUCCUUGAGCUAGCAAUGGUGAAGCUUGCCCAGCAAGCAAAGGACAGUUCGUUUCGAAUCCUCUACCUAGCACCGACAAGAUCGCUCUGUGCGGAAAAGUUUCAAGAUUGGAAGGUACGUUUCGCACCGCUCGGCAUUAGUUGCAUCCAGUUCGAUGGCGAUAAUGCAGUCGAGGAUGUAAGUAAACUCAGCAACCAUCGACUUAUUCUAAGUACACCGGAAAAAUGGGAAGUAUUCACACGGCACUGGGAUGAUCAGAAUGUGGCAUCCGUAUUACGCCCUAUCCGGUUGCUGCUGAUUGAUGAAAUUCAAGUCAUCAACGAUACCGAGCGUGGUUCGAAUCUGGAGCUUGUAUUGUCUCGCAUGAAGUACAUCGAUGCACGGCUGUGUAGAGACCACCCGAAUAUUGAUGAUGUUCCAGUGUCGAUCCGUUUUAUAGCCGUAUCGGCUUGUAUCCCCAAUGUGGCCGAUUUCGCACAAUGGCUCAGAAACGAUCGGAACGUGAUACCGUUCACGUUCGAUGACACAAAUCGCACAACGAAAAUCGAGCGACACGUGCUGAGCUUUCCUUGUGUAUCGAACCCGUACAAGUUCGAGUUGAACCUCAAUUAUAAACUCCCGGCAAUAAUUGAUCAAUUUUCACGGCAGAAACCAACGCUUGUCUUUUGCACGUCACGCAAAAGCGUAGAAUCGACCGCGAAGUUCCUUGCCCGAUCGAACAUAAAGCGCAGCAUUCCUGCGGGAUCAAUUCUAAACGAAUUGGCCAACAACCUGGCAAACCGAAACUUGCAGGAGUGUGUAUCGAAAGGUGUCGCUUACCAUCAUGCCGGUUUGCUGCACAACGAUCGCAUCCAGAUCGAAAACCACUUCCGUGCCGGUCACUUAACAGUACUCUGCUGUACCAGCACUCUCUGCAUGGGUGUUAAUCUGCCCGCCUAUCUGGUCGUUGUAAAGUCAACGUUUAAUUACUCCGGCAAGGAUUACACUGAUAACUACAUCCUGCAGAUGAUCGGUCGAGCUGGACGUGCUGAGUACAAUGAGGAUGGUGUAGCGGUCAUACUAACGACGGACGUAAAUUUAACUCGCUACCAAAAGAUCGUUACCGAAUCGAUCCCGAUCGAAUCGCAACUUCGCCAGAAACUUCCGGAACUGCUAAAUUCUGAAAUUGCACACGGCAUCAUCUACGAUCAGCCGGCCGUAAUGGAGUGGAUAAAAUCCACGUUUUUCUACGUCCGCGCACGGCUAAACCCAGCGCACUAUCAACUCACCGGUGGACGACUUGUCGAUGAGGAGAUAGAGAAACUGUGCAACGAUACGAUUGAGUCACUGGAAGCGAAUGAAUUGAUUGUAAAGCAACGCUCCAAUACGAUUGUGUCUUCUGCUUGCGGCCGUUUAAUGGCACGUAACCAACUAUCCUUUCAAACGAUGAAACUCCUUCAACAGGACAUGAAGGGUAAGGAAUCGCUCGACGAAAUGCUUGUUCUUAUAACACGAGCUAACGAAUUCAGCGAAUUCAAGUGUCGGCAGGGUGAAAAAAAGAUUCUAAACACCCUCAACGGACCCACGAUCUCUGCCUCGUACUGUGAUGGAGGAGAUGAUUCAACGGGCGGAGUCCGGUUCCGAUGGCCCAGACGCAUCAGUACGACCGGGGCCAAGGUGUACUGCUUAGUGCAGGCCGUGUUCGGCAAUCUAACCAUAAACGAUCACGGUUUGCAUCAGGAAGCGGCUAAAAUCGUAACGCUUGGAGCACGAAUUGCCCGGUUCGUUGUUGGGCUGCUAACGGCGAACCGGGACCAUUUCGAGUCCGGCAGCUUCCGGGCGCUCGUGAGUGUUACAACGCUACUGCAGUGCUUUCAAACGAAGCUUUGGGAGAACAGUCCGUUUCUGACGAAACAAUUGGGACAAAUUGGUCCAAGGCUGGCACGCCAUCUAGCGGACCGCGGCAAGAUAACAUUCCAAGCCGUGAGAAAUUCAGAUCCGCGGGAAAUCGAAUGUAUCCUGAAGAAGCAACCACCUUUGGGUAAUGAUAUUGUUAACUUUGUAAGCGGUUUACCAGAGUUUGCAAUUGAGUUGAAGAGAACGCUUGGGGAUCCACAGUCCUUUACCUGUACCGUCGUGCAGAAGAAUGUAGACUACGAUCCGGAAAUAUCGGUGAGCUUCAGUGUCCUGGUGGGAGAUUCUGCUAACAAGGUGCUGCUGCAUCUGGACAGCUGUACGAUGGAGAACAUUCCAGUGAUGGGUUGUACGUGGCCUUUGUCGGUGAAAGACUGUUCCGUUGAAUCGCUCUCGGCCUACCUCAUCUGCCAGAACUGGACCGGAUUGGACUGUACGCAUACUCUAUGGCUAGUGGAGCAACCGAACAUCAUCAAACACCGUCAAACCGCUAUAACUAACUUCUUUCCAAACACUUCGGCAAAUGAAUCGGCACUUUCCGUCGAAAAACUUGUGUUGCCUUCUGCACUGGAGUUAUCCCGAAUGCGUUCAAAUGUUUCAAAAACGAAUGAGCCUUCAAAUGGAGUGGAACAUUCCUUUCUCGAUGUGUCCCGGUAUGCAACGUACAAUUCCAAACAAACUAAUUUUCGUGACCGUAUUGCAAACCAUACUAAACUUUUUGGUGGUUCAAACAAUUCGAUCAAUUAUGAACAAAUUAACUUUGACAAACCUAUCCGUUCUAUUUUAAAACCAGCCUCAUCUGCACUUCCCGACAAACCACAGACCUUUGCACCGUUAAACAUAUCCGAGUGCCUAACAAUCGGCAACAAUCAAAAUCUUCUCCAACGGCCAGACAAACCAUCAACUGUAGAACUAUUGUUCCGAAACGAUGAGCUCCAGUACAUGUUUCAACCGGAAAAAUUCACGCUGAAUUUCACACUCUGUAGUCCGGUAGACGAUAUUGUGGACUGCUUCAAACGGUACAACAUAUUUAUGGCCGAUCGGCAAACAUUCCUAACUCCACUGCCAGAGAAGCAAUACCCGGCGAAGGUUGAUAUAGUAGCGCAAAAAAAGAAAAACUUUGACCUAGGAUCUGCUUGUGAUGUUUUUUGCUCUGACGAUGAGUGA